ACACCAGAAGGUGGCAGUGUCCAUUUCGCUUACUUUUUCAUUAUUAACGUAACCCGCCAAACUCUCCGAGCGUCUUAGAAAUGGCGACUCGAUCCAAAUCAGGUCGUGGUAAGAAGCGUAAGACGGACGUGGAUGCAGAAGCAGCAGCAGUGGAGGAGAAGAAAGAAAAGCUUGAUGGAGUUGACCAAAAAGAUGAAGAAACAGGACAAAGGGUCGUCAUUGAGCACUGCAAAAGCUGACGGGUCUACGGGCGGAAUGCUGAAGGUGUGCGCGAGGCGCUUGCAGCUUCUCACCCUGAUCUUCGCGUGCUGCUCAAUCCCCAGAAACCUCGGAGGAACAGCUUUGAGGUCACGCUGAUGGAGGGAGACAAAGAGGUGGUUUUGUGGACUGGCAUUAAGAAGGGUCCUCCACGCAAGCUAAAGUUUCCUGAUCCUGCUGAAGUGGUUUCUGCUCUGAAGGAGGAGUUGAAGAACUAGUUAUAAGGAGACAGUCAGUCAUCUUUGGUACUGGACACUGGAUGCAUAAUGAUGUAAACGGACUAAUGGGAAAAUCUCCCUGUCUGUUUUCUGAUGACCGGCUCUUUUGUUUCAGACUGGAUAAUUGACCUCGCCUUGUUUCUUUUGUUCUUGUUUAUGAGACAUGACUGUUUUUGCAUUGUACCUGUCUUGUUUUUACUGUUUGUGCAUAAUAAUGCUAAUUCUUGGUCAAAAAUAAAGUCUAGAGCAUAGUUACAUAGCUAAAAUAAACAUUGCUAAAAUAA